AUGAGCACCAAGUGAACCGGAUGUUGUCUGAAUGUCAAAAAUGGCGCUGCACAUGUCACGGUGAAAACCUAUCAAAUAGCUAGAGUUGGUAUGUUUUCGUGUUUUUAAGGACUUAGCGUUGAUAGUAAUCGUUGACUGGACUUUGUAUUUAUGAGGUGAGCCCAGCUGAGGAGGAGGAGAUGGCUCUGAGCGACAUUAGCCGUAGUGUGCGGCUGUUGUUAGGUCAAAUCCAACGAUGUCGUCAAACUGUGGCCACAAACCAGACGGCUCGGUGUCUGAGUCAGCUCGCCUCUCCGCCGGAGGAGGAGCCCCGCGCGGACGAAAAUGAAGCCGUGAACCCGACCUUCGUGAACAGAAACCCCCGGAACCUGGAGCAGAUGGCUCUGGCUGUGAAGGACCGGGGCUGGAAGACGUCCUGGCCUCGCCGGGAGUUUUACCACAGGUUGGAGUUUUCUCGCAGCCAACAGUUUGUGACAGCACACGUGUUCUCCAGAAGCUCUCCUGACCCGGUGCUUUCGUGUUCCACCAGAGAGUGGGCACUGAGGAAGGAGCUGGCUUCCACAAAAUGCGUGGCAGCGUGUCAGGCUGUGGGCGAGGUGCUGGCACAGCGUUGUCAGCAGGCUGGGAUCACGAGGAUGGUGUACAGGGAGAUUCCCUGGACGUACCGCUCUGAAGCUGUUCAAGCCUUCAAGACAGCACUGAAAGAGGGAGGAGUCACCCUCAGUGAGCCCAGAAGGAAAUACAUCGGUACCUGAAUUUAUCACAUCUGUUUUGUUAAAAUGUCCUCUGUGCCCCUUACUCUCUGCUCUCUUGUGAAUUAUGACUGUACUGUUUAUUAAGAUGACCAGCAAUACAGUAAAUGACAAUAUAAACUGAAACAAAAUGAGUAUUCAAAGUAAGGCUGCUUGUCCCUGUGCUUUGUUGUGUCUUGAUAUUAAAAUGUUUCUGAACAGAA